CAAAAAUGUGAGGGGUGUACUCACUUUUGUGAGAUACUGUAUAUGAUGAAGAUUUUGGGUGAGAUUACCUUUUAGAUCUCUACCAAAUCAUGUCUUGACCAAUUGUGUAUCUUUCGAGUAAGUGUAAAUGGUGUAAAUUUGAUUUUCACCAAACGUUUCCUUUAAUGUGGACACAACAAUGUUCCAGGUUCUUCGUAUUAUUUUCUUUUUGUAUUGUGAAGCUCAUUGUGGCUUCCUCUGAAUUUGAAGUGCGGAAUUAUUUUGAAGCCUUCUGCUGGUAAAUGAGCUAUAAUUGCAUAGGCUCUGAGAGGUAGUGCUACAGUCUGGGUGGGGCUGUGUGUUUAUUUUCAGUCCUUAUCAGUGCCAUCAAUCCUACUAGUCGUGUUUUUCCUUAUGCUGCUGCUGGCCAGAGUCUCCAAAAUGUGUGAGGAGGAGGAGGAGGGAAGAAACCUGAGCCGCAUCGAUCCACACCAUCAGUCAGAUCAGCGGCAGGCCUUUUAAAAGAACCCUGCCUCUUUCUCCGCCUCUUUCUCCAUCCACUGCUGACUGUAAUUGACCCUGGGAAGGACACACACACACACACACACACACACACACAUACACACAUACACACACGUACACAUAAGCAGGGAGUGUCCAAGCUUCAGUAUGAUGCUGAUUAGAAGAUCGGACGACGUGCUGUUUCUUAGUAACUUGUCUUUGCUGCUUUAGGAUUCCCCAGGAAAACACUAGGACCACUCGUGUGUGGAAGUGUGUGUGUGUGUGUGUGUGUGUGUGUGUGUGUGUGUGUGUGUGUGUGUGUGUGUGUGUGGCGUCAUUAUUGCCUGGUCUCAUUCCACCCCAGAUGGUGCUCUGCUUGGUCAUGGACUCCAGGGAGGAUGGAGAUGCCUGGAUGGAGGAGCAGUGGGAGAAAUGGCUAACUCAUGACAUGAGUCUGGAUGAGUAUGAAGAUGACGACCUGUCAGAGGUGACGGAGAUCACAGAUGAGAAUGACGACCGUCUGAGCCGCAGUGACUAUGAUAUUCAGGAACACAUGAUUCGUCCGGCCAAUGGGAGCGGGGAGUUGGGUCGGAGGAGGGGGGCCGUGGAGCUGCAGAAGGAGAUGCUUCAGCUGGAUCUGAUAGACGCUGAGGGAGGCACCCAGGAAGAAGGAGGAGAAGACGAAGAAGAGGAGGAGGAGGAGGAGGAGGAGAGGCCUCUGCUGCUCAUCGAUGAGCACCGAGAGGAAGAGCGAUCGCUGAUGGCCGCCAUGGAUACAUAUCGGCCCAAGAGACCCACCACCCUUAAUCUGUUCCCGCAGGUGCCAAGGACUCAGGACACCAUUAAUAAUAACUCUUUUGGUGAAAAAGACAGAAGGAAAGAGAAGAAGUCCCAUUCAUCUUCACCUCACAUAAAAGGGGCCCAGCCUCCCACUGUUGAACAUGUUACCCCAACCGAUGGGGUCAAGGUCCAAGCAAGCAGCCGGUUGGAUCCUAAGCCGUGUGUAGCUGCUUCCGUGACACACAAAACUCCAGUGUCUAACUGCAAGAAGCAGGAUAAACCUUCUGACAGUGUGGGCAACAAUAUCUGUACGGUCCCGGUGUCCAAUUGUGCAGCCAUGAAGGACACAACGAGGGAUGGGAAUUUGACUGGGACUAUCAGCAAGGAGAAACCCCACUAUAACUCCAUGAAUGGCUGCCGGGACCAUGGAGAAAAUGGAUAUACACACCACCACUCGGAUAAAAACAAGGACAAGAGUAAGGAGACGAUGCUGGACAUCCAGUUGACGCCGGUGGGUGCUGAGCAGGAGAGACCUUUCCUUUCCCAGAGCAGCGACAGCAACCGCAUGUCCAUCAGCUCCGAUACUGAGCUCCCUCCCUUGCAUUUCCAUUCUGUAGCCGAACGUACCAACCCAUCCAUCAGCGAAGAGGAUGAAGUGUACCCUCCAACACCUCCGUGCAGGACUGAUAGCCUCAGCGAGGCAAUAGACUCUAUUUCGAAUGCAAAACCAGGUGACACAGCCGCUGCGAACGCAGCAGUUAGCACGGACGCCUCGGGACUGACAUACGACUCUGUGAAAUACACCCUGGUGGUGGACGAGCAUUCAAAGUUGGAGCUGGUUAGUCUAAAGCAGUGUUACCAAGGCUAUGACAGCGACAGCGACAACACCGUGUACGAGUCGGCUGUCGAAGAGGAUGAGGAGGAGGACCAUGAUGUGGACGAUGAUGAGGACGAGUCAGGCGCAGGAGGAAUGAACAGGGACACUUCCGGUCUGUCCACAGACUCUGCCACUGACACCACGUCAGACAUGCCUCGCUCACGCAAAUUCCUCAAUGUCUUCAUAAACAGACGCCCGUGCUUUCCUGGUGUGGAAUCCUUUGGUCUUUUCUCCUGCAUUAUCGAUGGUGAGGAGAGAGAGCAGAGCCACAGGGCAGUGUUCAGGUUCAUCCCGAGGCACGCGGAUGAGCUGGAGAUGGAGGCGGACGACCCAUUGUUGAUGGAAAUGCAGGCGGAGGAUUUGUGGUGUGAAGCCUACAACAUGCGCACCGGAUCCAGAGGCAUUUUCCCUGCUUUCUACGCAGUUAAAGUCACCAAGGACAGCCAGCCUAAAGAGGUCAAAAGUGACUGGCUAGACACAUUCUGGGUGAAAUUCCUGGGCUCUGUUCAAGUGCCAUAUCAUAAAGGGAAUGAUGUGCUUUGUGCAGCUAUGCAGAAGAUUGCCACAAACAGAAGAACAAUGCAGUUCAACCCUCCCUCCAUGUGCAUCGUGGAGAUCAAUAUAAGAGGAGUGAAGAUCAUAGUUCAGGACGAGUGUCAGGUUUCUGGAAGGGGUGACAAGUACUGUCACUUCUUUCAGCUGAAGAACAUCUCUUUCUGUGGAUGCCAUCCAAAGAACAAAAAGUAUUUUGGACUAAUCACCAAACACCCAGCACACCAGAGGUUUGCCUGCCAUGUGUUCUUCUCAGAGGAGCACGCCUCAUAUCUGGCUGAAUCUGUCGGCAAAGCGUUUCAGCAGUUCUACAAAGAACACAUGGAGUACUCCUGUCCCACAGAAGACAUCUUCCUCGAAUGACCUUUGUUUGUUCUUUUGGACUACUGUAUAUCCUAUUAUCCGAGGUGUUGCAUGAAAGGUCACAAAAAUCUCCUUAACAUGUCAUGCUAAGAUGUUUAUGUCUAUUUUAGACAAAGCGUACAAUUCAAAAAAGACACAAGUGUCUGCUACUGCAUCCCCAACAUUUCCAACAUGCUCUUCAGUGAUUUAUUCAGAGCCAAUUUUAUUCAGAUGCUGUCUCAAAUUCAUAGAAAUCAUAGGGGAAAAAAUGCAAUUCUGUGAUUUUUUUUCAGCACUGAACCAAAUGCAGUGUCCUAGCUUGAAAAUGUAAAAACAAAAACCUAAUCAAAAUGGUUUCUGUAUGUUAUUUAAGACAGAUGUUUGUUCUGCAUCACCGUAACCUUUGGUUCACGUGCACUUUGCUUAGAACAUUGGGAAGUAUGCUAGCAUGCUAGAAAAAGCCAGUAUGCUGGUAAACGCUAGGAAAAUCUAGCAUGCUAACAUGCUUUUGUGCUAGCGUUUAGGGUUCUCACAGUGUCAGUCUGCUAACAUCCACUAUUUUUCAGUUGUUUUGCACCAUGGUGUUGGAUGUUGUAUUCAGUGUGCUUCAAUAUUCAAAUCCAUCAAACUGUAUCAAUGCCUAAAAUGCAACCAGGCCAUGUCUCAGUGAUCUCUGAAUUUAUAUAGCCUUGGCAACCAAAUGUUUUCUUUUUAUUUAGUUCAUAUACAGUGUGAAUGAUGUAUGCAUCUUAUACAGUGCAGUCCAUAAGAAAUCAAUUGCAGAUUGCUAAAACAAACCAACUCUGUGAAACAUGGUGGUGGUAGUGCCAUGGCUUGGUCUUGUACAUUUAAAGCCUAAUAACUCACUGGACAGCAUUUCACUUUGCAUCAGUGACCUGAAACAUAACGCUAAAGGAACUAUGGAAUGUAAAAUUCAUACUUACUAAAGAAAUGAAGUCAAAAAGCUUCCAAAAGAAACAGGAAGUCAAGAUAUCUACAUUACAGGCCUCAUUACUGAGCACCAUUUCGAGCCAAUUAAAAAACCUGACAAAAUUUUUAACUUUACUUUCGACAAUUUUUUUUUUUUUUUUUGGAUGUUUAAAAUGUGGGCACAGUUAGUAUGUUCACAUCAUCAGAAUUAUUAUACUUACAAAUUUUUGAAUCAUAAAACCUGUUCAUGUAUUUGUAGAAAUCUCUGAACUUUCUGCAAGGUCCAAACUCAACAUGUCAUAAACAAACAUUGCCCAAAAAUAGCUGAAGCUUUUUUUUUUUUUAACAACUACAGUUAAAUGUUAUGUAGUUCUCAGACUUUUGAACCUGUGAAUCACACAUUUCCCUAGUAAUGACCUCAUAACCAAUACUGUAGCAUAGUUCAGGUUUUAGCUUUUAGACAUUAGCUUUCUGUCUUAAAACAAACUGUUCAAGAUGCUAAAAUAUGGUUUGGCUAACUGCUAGCCACUAUAUUUAGCAAUAUAGUAUCAUUGGCAUUAGGUGAAUUUUCCAAUUUCAGUAAUAAUGAUACAAUCCAAUGUAUUAUAGUAUGCACAGUAACUUAUGGGCUGCACUGUAUUUUAUAAGCAUACAAUUCAACCACUAAACUAUAUUCAUUAAAAUAGAUGAAUCAUAUUUAAACAGAGGGUGAUGUACAGUGUUAAAUGUUAAAAAUCCCUCUUACUAUUAUGAAAUAUGGUGACUAUCAUAUUUAUGAAAGAAAUGUACUGAGCUUCAGAGCAGAUGGUUUAUUGUAAUUGUACAUUUUACACAGGUUUGGGCUCUCAUGAUUCUAACAGGUGAGCACACC